GCGAGGGGAGCGCGGCUACCGGCCGCCGUCCCGCGACUCGCGCUCGACGACCGAGACAGUCGCGUUUUGUUCCCCGCAGCGAUACCACGUCGCUACUCGCGCCCGCGCGCUCCAUAAACCGCGAUAUAUUACGAUUAGAUCGCGCAAGUUAUGUGCGCGGACGCACACUCCAAUAAUCGGUUAGUCGGCAGUAAUUUGUGACAGUGCCAAUGUCUCCCAGUUUAGAAGGGAUCAUGUUCAACAGAAACGCGAACCUGUCAGCGCGCCGGCCGUUGUUGGCGGAACCGCAAAAGCCUCUAAUGGUCCCACCACGCGCGCCUCCCCGCGACACUGGUCCGCACCGGCCCUUGCCCGCUCCAAGAAACCUGCCUACAGAUUAUUCUUACGAAUACCGACCUGAUUAUUGGAAGCCGUCGAACGUCGAACUCGAAAGGCGACUGCAGGAGGCAAGGGCACGCGAGAAAGUCGGAUACUUUCAAGACAAAGUUACGCCUCCGGAUCUAAGUUUGGAUCGAAGGGAAGCGGAACUAGUGUUUAGGUUCGACCCGCAGGCGUCCGACGAGUACCUUUCGAGUCAGUACCGGGCCCCGGUAGUGCACUAUGCGAAGCCCCCGACUCCGGCGAACGGGUUCGCUGCCCGUAUGCCCGAGAGAGACGGGCCGUUCGUGUUCGGCGUGCACAGCCCGAGCCAGUUCCCGAUAGCGCGGCGGGACGACGACGACUACGACUACUCCGAAGUGGCCGAGGAGGGUGGCCGCACUGUGAUACGAGACGAUGUCUCCGCUGACUUGAACUGCUGUGAUAAAGUGAACGAGUGGGCCGUCAGGGACAAGAAGAGCCGAAGGACUUUGAAUCGCAUGUUUCAGAUUAAAGACAGGAGGAAGGUGAAAGGUGGAAAGAAAGAAAAGAUUAAGUGUGUGUUGGUUGGUGAUGGAGCAGUGGGAAAGAGCUCCUUGAUAGCUGCGUACGCGCAGGACACGUUUCGAGAGGAAUAUCAGCCCACGGCAUACGACACAUUCAACGUUGUGGUGGACGUGGAUGAUAGACCACUCUGCGUAGAAAUCUGUGAUACUGCUGGACAGGAUUCGAUGUCAGAGCUCCGUGAGCUGUGCUACCCUGGCACCGACGUGCUGAUGCUGUGCUUCUCCGUGGUGCGACCCGAGACGUUCCGGUCGGUGGCGGAGCGGUGGACCAAAGCCGUGGCUAACGUCAACGCGCCGCUCAUACUGGUUGGCACGCAGAGCGACCUCGCGCAGGACUCGAGGGUGCUGCAGACUUUAAAGGGCCGCGGCGAGCACGUGGUCUCAGACGCCGAAGCAAGAGCAUUAGCUACUAAAAUCAACGCAGUCUACAUAGAGACGUCGGCGAAGACAAGAAAACAGCUGAAAGACGCCUUCGACGCCGCCAUCUUGGCCGGCCUACCAAUCAGGCACGGAAAGAAAACAUUCUGGAAGAAACUCUUUUGUCUAAGUUAAAUUAUAUUAAAUUUGGACUGUUAUAUUAAAGUCUAUUGGAAAAUGUUGUGUACAGUGUUGAUUCGUUGCUUGAGAAGUGAUAUAGGAUAGAAAACAUGAAGUUUGGACCACUAUGAAAUUGUUAUAGAAGUAAAUUUGUUAUAAAUUAUCAAACUUGUGUCUAAUCUAUGUUUAACGGUGUGUAAAAAUACUAUAUGUCAAUGUAUUUUUAUACCUAUUUGCUAUUCAUCUUAGGCAUCUUGGUUGACACACUCGCUCUUUUCAUAUGUCAAUCGAAAAAUACGAUUGUAGCUUUUGGCCUUAAAUUCUGCUGUUGUAGUUGAACUAUUGAUAUUUAUAAUAGCAGCAGAACUUAUUAUUGUAAGCAAAUUAAUUCAGAGUGCCUUACAAAGCUGUUUAUUCCCGACCAAUGAGACAGGCCAUUCAGAAAAGCCACUGAAUCUACUUAAAAAUAAAUGACUACUUGGAAACAACGAUGCUAGCAAUAAACUACAAAAUAAACUUUUAAAAUUACGUAUGAAAAUAAUAUUUUUGGAACAACGACACUUCGUUGACUAUUAGUACCACAGACUUGAGGAAAGGAGGUUUUUGUCACUAAUCUUGAGCGACUAUCAAAGAGAAUAUAGAUUACUUUCUUUUUCUACGGAUGUAGAAAUCAAUACGGCCUACUACGUAUAAGAUGUAUUAUGCAAGUUCUUGACUGCAACAAUGCCUUUGUUGACUACAAGGCUUCGGUAAAACCUUGGCUUAUACUGAAGUAUCGAUUCUAAUGCUACGUGUAUUUAUAAUUCAUGGAGUUUAACGAUGCAAACAUACAAUACAAAAGCAUAGUUUUUUUUCGGAAGCAAUGUUAAGAUCUCUAAAACAUGUUAGUCUCAUAAUAAUUACAGUUUUACGUUCAAGUUGAUUGAGAAAUGGAAUGUACUUAAACGAUUUAUUACGUUUAUUUCAUUACCUUCAUGUAAUUGACACAAUUUUCUGUUAUAAUUGAACAAAAAUAUUCACAUUUGUUUUUUUUUGCUAAUUGUCAUUUGUUCGUGACGUUCAGAAUUUGUUUUCUUUUUUAAUGACAGUCAUUGAACUAUUCAGCCAUUGUUCUUUUUUAUAUGGCUUAUCGCUGUUGGCUUUAAUACACGGCUCUAUGACAAAAUUGACUAAAAUGUUAAUUUUAAUAUUGUAAAUAAGUAAUAUGAUGUGAUGUAAUACGAAACGGCAAGUCGGGGCGAGACGAAUUCGAAAAUAUCUACAUAAAAUGUAUAAUGUACUAAUUGUAUGUACAGUAGAAAUUAAUUAAUUGUAAUACUAUAAUUGUAAGUGUUAUAGGUGUAUAUAUGGAUCAUUAUUUUAAUGUUGUUUUGAUACUCAACACGAACUGAUAAUAAUAUUUUAUUAUAAUGA